AAGCACCGGGGAUCCUGAGCCUGGAGGGGAGCCGUGCGAUGAGAGGGGGGCUCUUCAGCCUGUGGAUGUAUGUGCCAGGACAGCGUUUUUUUUGUUGUUGUUGCCAAAGGGGAGCGCUGGUGAAUGUGUAUGCGGACAUGUGCGUGCGACCGUGUCUUUGAUUAGUGAUGGACUAUUCGCAUUAUGCAGUCGGAGAUGCUCAUGACACUAACGCUGAUCUAGACCGGCUUGGGAGGCAGAGGGGACCAGUGAUGGAUGGGGAGACCGAUGUUGGGUCUUGACGCGUCGGGUUUCUCUAAACCGAACCGACCGAGGGGGUCUCGUCCAUUUUGGGGUAAUCGGUGGCUUCACGCAGACCUCCUCGCUCUCCUGUGAGUCGGGAUCAAAGACAAAUACCCAAACAGGAUUCUACCCUGGAGCCGAGCGGGAAAUAAGAGGCUGGCAGAAGAGGAGGCGCAGACCCAGGCAUGGCUCGCCUCAACUGGUGCUUGGCUGCCGUUAUCAGCUGGAGCAAGUUCCUCUUCGCCUGCUUCUUUCCACUGCGGGGGGCCAAGCGAGACAAGUCUGACGAGUUGGAGGGAGUCCACACGCACGCCUUCAAGCUGAAGCCAUUCAAGAAGGCCAAGAGCUGUGAUAUAUGCAAGCAGGCCAUCACAAAGGAGGGUCUUAUCUGCAAAGCUUGCCGCUUGUCCUGCCAUAGAAAAUGUGAAGUGAAGGUCACCACAGCGUGUCAAACAAGCACCAACUAUGAGCUGCCUCCCACUCCUCAGCUGCCGUUAAAGCAUGUUGAUACUCCGGGCUCAACCAGGUCCUGCAAGAGUGCCGAAAUAAAGCGAAAGCAGUCAAGGAGUCAGAGUAUGGUCCAGGCCAUGGAGGAGAGCUACGAGGUGGACCUGAUUUACAUCACGGAAAGGAUCAUCUCCCUCUCUUUCCCUGGCGCCGCCGAGGAGCACAGCUACACCGCCCAACUCACGGAGGUGGCGGCCAUGCUGCGGUCCAAACACAGCGACCACUACCUGGUGCUCAACCUGAGCGAGUUGAGGAAUGACCUGGCAACGCUAAACCCCAAGGUACUGGAGUUUGGCUGGCCGGACCACCACGCGCCGCCGCUGGACAAGAUCUGCAGCAUGUGCAAGGCCAUGGACAUGUGGCUGAACGGCGACCUGCACAAUGUUGUGGUCCUUCACAACAAAGGGAACCGAGGUCGUACGGGGGUGGUGGUGGCCGCCUACAUGCACUACAGCAACAUAUCAGCAAGCGCCGACCAGGCAUUGGACAGGUUCGCCAUGAGGCGCUUCUACGAGGACAAAGCACUUCCUGUCGGUCAGCCAUCGCAGAAAAGGUACGUGCAAUACUUCAAUGGACUUUUAUCCGGCCAGAUCAAAAUCAACAACAAGCCUCUGUUCUUGCAUCACGUCAUCAUGCACGGCAUCCCCAACUUCGAGUCCAAAGGAGGUUGCCGACCCUUUCUGAAAAUCUACCAAGCGAUGCAGCCGGUGUAUACAUCGGGGAUAUACAAUGUGCAGGGAGAUGGCGGCACCAGCAUCUGCAUUACCAUAGAACCCGGCUUACUGCUGAAGGGCGACAUCCUGCUCAAGUGUUACCACAAGCGCUACAGAAACCCCAACAGGGAUGUUGUGUUCAGGGUGCAGUUCCACACGUGCGCCAUCCACGACCUCGGAGUGGUGUUUGGAAAGAGCGAGCUGGACGAGACAUUUAAAGAUGACAGAUUUCCUGAAUACGGGAAGGUGGAGUUUGUCUUUUCAUACGGUCCAGAAAAAAUCAAAGGCUUAAGUCACCUGGAGAAUGGACCUAGCGUGUGCGUGGACUACAACACCCAGGAUUCUCUGAUCCGUUGGGACUCGUACGAGAACUUCACCCACCGCAGCGAGGGCACCACCAUCGCGGAUGAAGAGCACGAUGUUGUCCACACUCAAGGUCCACUUGAUGGUAGCCUGUAUGCACGGGUCCGUAAGAAAGACUCCCUGGAGGGAGUGGUCACCAUCAACGGCCUGCCAGUUCAUGAAAGCCUCCUGACCGCUGUAGAGAACCCUUUGCGACACCCAAACCACCAACUUCAAACCACAGAGCAUACCCUUCCUGUAACAGGCCAUGCCUCUCUUCCUGCGGUUGACCACACCCUCUCUGUGAGCAGCGACUCGGGCAACUCCACCGCCUCCGUCAAGACUGAUCGAACUGAGGAACAUUGUCAGUCUGUGCAGGGCGGCUCAAGCCAUGGUAACCAAGUAGCAAGUCACCCACUGCUCAGCCCUCAUGAGAAGAAAGAACUUGAUCAGAUUUUGAGUGGACUUGAGGCUCCUGUUCAUCAGCGACAAGCGUAUUUGUCUACUUCAGCCAGUCCAGGGGGAGGUGUCCGACACCUGGUCCCUGCACAAGUGCAUGUCAACGGGGGCCACACCAGGCUAACUUGUGUACCUUCAACAGAAGAGCGCGAGACAGAUAUUCUUGACGACGAGCUGCCCAAUAGCCAAGAGGGUAAUAGCGUGGACAGCUUGGGCACACUCUCAUCCUUAGACGGUCAGGCCACAGCAGCUGACCUCUACUACCAGUCAGAAACCCCCAUCAGUGCUCAAUCUGACGGGCCCUUCCUUGAAAGAGGGGUUCUAGGAAAAAAGUUGAAUGAGAUGCCCGUGCACGGGUUGCAAACACCCACUGCAAUGCAGGAGUGCAGCGCCUUGGUGUCCCCACAAGGUGGGUACAACAACUACCAGAAUGGAAGUGGAAUGUAUCACUCACAGUCCUUUGGUAACCCACCUGCUGGCAGCCCUGAGGCCAACCCUAAACUGAUGCCCAGGGCACCAGAGAGGAGCACCAGUAGCCGGGAGGCUGUUCAAAGAGGUCUCAAUACAUGGCAUCAGUAUAGCCUCCCAGAUGAUCCUUUUGGCCCACCACUUCAGUCCACCCAUAGCUUGCCACAUUUUCCUUCGUCCGCUUCUCAAAGGGACAUCGAGCAGUCCAUCGAAGCCCUCAACAUGCUCAUGCUAGACCUGGAUCCGAUAAACUCCCACAUGUCCAAGUCAUACAGCGCGCCUCCUGGGGAGAACACCCUCCAUUCAUCGCAGGUGCCCUUCUCCCAGACUCUUACAAGGCCCUCAUACCAAGCAGACUUUGCUAUCCACGGCUACAGCACCUCUGGGUCAUUCAACAACACCUUCCAUCAGCCACCACGCUCCACUGGGAGAACUUUUCCCAACCAGAGCCCUGUUUUGGAGUCUCCAAUGUCCUCUCCUCAAAGGCCCAGCCCCACCUACCAGCACCAGAACACAACCCCAACACACACACCCGAACCCUACAUGCACACACGCCAAGCGCAGCACCACUUUCCCUCCGCUCCCUCCCCGAACGUCCAACAGCCGCUAAAGCCUGUGAACUCGUACACGGUCGGGGUAGUGUCGCACUCCCCAGACCCACAGGGCUCAUCACCCUAUCCAGGCUGCAGUGAGUCCUCCUCCCCACUUCCCGUUCUCACCCCGCAGCCUAAAGACACCUCCUCUUCGUCUUUGGCCCGAGACCAAGAUGCAGAGGAGGAAAAUCUGAACCUGGAAGGCCUGGUGGCUCACCGCAUCGCCGAGUACAACGCUCGUAUCCGGGGCAUCAGUGACAGCAUGACACCGCAACCAUCUGACCGCCAUCGCUCCUAUUCCUUCUCCGGGCUACGCUCCAGGGGAAUAACCCCUGAGGUCAACCAGGAGACAGGUCGGCGUCGAACCACCAGUGAGGGUCAGUACCACAGUGGCCAUGACAACAGGUCAGCAAGCCUUUCGCCAGACUUCAGCGACAGUCUGUCCCACAACCCUGGAGGAAGACUGAGAGAGGACCCAAUGCGAAGCUACAGGGAAGUUUUUGAGGACAAUGAUGCCAAUAGGUUUGCCAGCAACAGUCCCCCUUGGCAAGGCUGCGCUCGCUCCCUACCUGGUCGGACGUCAGCAUCAGGUGUGAGUCCUCAUCAAAAGGUCGCAUCCGAUAAUCGCGGUUUUGUGGAAUUCAGAGCACAGCAGUUCAGCGCUCCUCUCACCUCCAGCAGCCCCGACGGACGGAGGUAUGCUUCUUCAGACCACGGCCCUCACAGCUCGGCACCGUUCUACCCUCAAAGACCUGCCUCCCCUGAUGGCUCCCAGGUCAACAUCAUGGGUGUCCACACCGUCCCCGGUAGCCCCAAUACCCUCCACCGCACAGUAGCCACCAACACGCCCCCAAGCCCCGCCCUACAAAGACGCCUCGGCCAAGCCAGCCCGUCGUCGCUCAGACACACCCCUCCGGCAGGCAGCAUCCCCUCCAGCCCCUUGAUUGGCAGAAACCCCAAAACAGCAGGCGCCGGCGUGCCACCUUCCAGCCCCCUGAUGGGGCGGCGUGCCAUGGCGAGCGGCCACAGUACCCCCGAUGAGCUGGGGGCCACGUCUCGUCAGGCACAGCCGCCUUCCACACCCGCCUUUCCCGUCUCCGCCCAGCUGCCCGACAAGAAGAAUGCCAGCAUCACAGGGGUAGAGAGGACGGAAAACAAGAACCUGGUUCUGGACGGUAGUGGGUCAAACCUGACCGAGACCUCUAAGUCCAUUUAUGACGAUUACCCAGACAUCAAGAUGAACGUCAAGUUUGUCCAGGACACGUCCAAGUUCUGGUACAAGCCCGAGAUUUCCCGGGAGCAAGCCAUCAAUGUGCUUAAGGACAGGGAACCCGGCGCAUUCGUCAUCAGGGACAGCCACUCCUUCCGCGGGGCGUACGGUCUCGCGUUGAAGGUGGCCUGCCCACCACCGACGGUGCCACAAAGCAAAAAAGUUGGAGAGCUGACCAACGAGCUCGUGAGACACUUUCUGAUCGAGACCAGCCCCAAAGGUGUUCGUCUGAAGGGAUGCCCCAAUGAGCCCUACUUCGGCUGUCUCUCGGCGUUGGUGUACCAACACUCCAUGACGCCGCUGGCACUGCCCUGCAAGCUGAUGAUCCCCACCAAAGACCCAAACGAGGAGGCGCUGGAGCUGGCCACGCCCACCGACCCGGUUGUGGAGCUUCUGAAGCAAGGAACAGCUCCCAAGGUUCCGGAGGAGUCUUACGCAUGCAACGUGCUCUAUAUUAACUCUGUGGACAUGGAGUCCCUAACAGGCCCUCAGGCCAUCGGCAAGGCCAUCAGUCAGACACUGGCGACCAAUCCUCUGCCCGCCGCCACCGUCGUCCACUGCAAAGUUUCCCCGCAGGGGAUCACACUGACAGACAGUCACAGGAAGAUCUUCUUCCGGCGACAUUAUCCGCUAAGCACCAUAACCUACUGUGAAACGGAUCCCCAAGACAGAAGGUGGGGCAAAGAGGGCGGUGGUUCAGUCAGGCUUUUUGGCUUUGUGGCGAGGAAACAAGGAAGCACAACCGACAACGUCAGUCACCUGUUUGCAGAGCUGGACGUGGACCAGCCCGCCUCGGCCAUCGUCGGCUUCAUCUCCAAAAUGACGCGGCGGUGAACUGCCGCUGGAUGGCGGCUAUUUCAAAUCAUUGUGGUGUACAUCCGCUCUGGGAUAUACGACCAUGUCCGUUUCAUUUUUAUUUUAUAUAUUUUUUUACCUUACUGAUUUGAUUGACGUGUCCCACACGUCUUUCGGAGGGAGCAGUCGAGAACUGGCGAAAGGGGGCUGCGAACGUUGGUUAAAGACGAUGGCGGCGGCGGCGGCGGCGGUCGGAUUGAGUGGCGAAAAUGAGAGCGGUAAGUUCACGCGAGGACGUGCGCGACGUUUCAGGGUUGUUGUUUUUUCUUGAUCGUUUUACCAAAGGUAGCCAGAAAAUUGACGAGCGCAAGAAUGGCGUAGCAACGAAGCCGUUCGUAUCCUUUUCUCCUUUAAAAAAAAAAAAAGAUGGGACACACAAAGAAGCGACGUUUCUUGUCUUCAGGAAAAGAAACAAAAAAUAGUUGGCCUGGAUGGCUGAAGACGUUAUGCAUGUUAGCUUGAUCUUUAAGCUUGGUUUCUCCGACCUUCCACCUUGUCAAGCCCCUUUGGAGCGGAUUUUCUGGUUCUGUGUGUGUCAGAAAGGGCUCUGCAGUGACUGAUCUAAACUGCACAUCUCAGACCAGAUCCCUGCUCAAAAAAAAAAACAAAAAAAAAAGCUCCGCCAAGGUCGUCCCUUAAGGAAAAGACUCGACUUUCACUGCAAGCAGGGUGACUUUGACAGACCGACCACCGGGGGGCGCCACCCAGUCAAGCUUGCACUGAAUGACACUGGAAAGCACCUCCAGGAACUCCAACCUGGACCUAUGCACUGUUCUUUCUGCAUGCUGUUCCUCCCUCAUAGCUGCAUUCACUGAAAACAUUCUAUGCUGUGCGCCACUUAGACACUGAGGCUGUUUGACUCGUCAGAGACUGCAUGAAGUAGACUUUUUUUUUUUUUUUUAGUUUUUUAAACGCCCCUCCGAGUCCUCGAGACGUAGACGACAUUUUUGAAGCAGCCCAACGAUGGUGAAAUGUUGGAUUUUUAUUUUAUUUUUUUUUGGUUUGACCGUCUCGUUGUUUGUGUUGUCAGAAAAUGCAUUCAAAUACUUUUAGCAGGAAAAAAAAAAAAAAAAAAGUGCAAAAUUGCACACACUCAAGCAUCUACAAUAAGAGGAUGGAUAUAAAUGUACAUAGAUGAACUACUUUGAAAGGUGACUUAGCGAAAAGUAUUUAUUUUUGUUGCUUUGGUCCCUCAUGAGUACUCAUGUUAUGCAUAUAUUGUACAGUCUAGAUAAAGAAAUGGGUUCGGGAAAAAAAGAAGAAAAAAAAAAUCUAUACUUAUUUUGGCUAAUGAUUUCAAAGUCCGAGGAUUUUGAGAAACGUGUUUGAAUACGUGGCGUACACGACGACUUUGUACAUGUGUUUGUUUCGGCUCAUCUUGUUUGUCAUCUUGGCGAGACUUGCAUGGACAGGAAGAGUGCGUUUGUAGGCAGGGGGGAAUCUUUUUAGAAAUAAUCGUAGCAGAUAGAUCUUUGCAGAUUUUCCAAAAAAAAAGAAAAAGAAAAAAAAAUUGGUAAAAGAGGCCAAGUUCAAAUGCAAUAUAUAUACAUAUAUACAUACAGUGGGCAAAAAAGUAUUUAGUCAGCCACCGAUUGUGCAAGUUCUCCCACUUAAAAUGAUGACAGAGGUCUGUAAUUUUCAUCAUAGGUACACUUCAACUGUGAGAGACAGAAUGUGAAAAAAAAAUCCAGGAAUUCACAUUGUAGGAAUUUUAAAGAAUGUAUCUGUAAAUUAUGGUGGAAAAUAAGUAUUUGGUCAAACAUUCAUUGUUUGGUCAAACAUUUAUUCUUUCCUUAACACGGAUCAAUCGUCCUGUCCCCUUAGCAGAAAAACAGCCUCAAAACAUGGUGUUUCCACCCCCAUGCUUCACAGUAGGUGUGGUGUUCUUGGGACGCAACUCAGUAUUCUUCUUCCUCCAAACACGACAAGUUGAGUUUAUACCAAAAAGUUCUAUUUUGGUGUCAUCUGACCACAUGACAUUCUCCCAAUCUUCUGAUGUAUCAUCCAUGUGUUCUCUGGCAAACUUCAGACGGGCCAUGAAUUGAUUAACGUGGACCCCGACUUAAACAAGUUGAAAAACUUAUUCGGGUGUUACCAUUUAGUGGUCAAUUGUACGGAAUAUGUACUGUACUGUGCAAUCUACUAAUACAAGUAUCAAUCAAUCAAUCAAUCAAAGCCUGGACAUGCACUGGCUUAAGCAGGAGGACACGUCUGGCACUGCAGGAUUUGAUUCCCUGUCGGCGUAGUGUGUUACUGAUGGUAACCUUUGUUACUUUGGUGCCAGCUCUCUGCAGGUCAUUCACCAGGUCCCUCCCAAUCCUCUGCUGUAUCAUCCAUGUAUCGUUUUAAGUGGGAGAACUUGCACAAUCGGUGGCUGACUAAAUACUUUUUUGCCCCACUGUAUGUGUAUAUAUAUAUAUAUAUCUUAUAUAUAUGAAAAAAACAAACAGUGUGCGCCCAUGACAGUUAUAGUUUUUGCCAAAGAAGUCACACAAGCUGCUUUUUUUUUAAAAGUCUGGUUGCCGUAUUUCAUGCAAAAAUAACCCCACACAAGUGAGCCCCCCAGCAGCCAUGCAGCACAGUUUGUUACAUGUGUGCACUGAGACAUUAUUGAUGUGUUUGGAUUUCAAAAUUCAUGUCUAAAAGGGGUGGGGGGAGAGAGAGAGAGAACAGAGGCCUGCUGUGCACGUGUAGCACUUAACUUAAAAGCAGCGGGAAUUCCACAUGCAAAAAAAAAAAAAAAAAGCUCUACCAAGACUUCAUCCACAAACCUCCCAGACGCUGAUGAUUUAUUUAUUUAUUAUUUAUUUCUAUUUUUUUUUUUCUGUCAAAGACAUUUUUUUUGUUCAUUGUGUGGAAGCGUUCUUCUGUGCCAGAAAGGGUUUUAUUUUAUUUUUUAGAAAGGGUCAGGAAAGACAUCUGAACUGUAUGAAUGUGCAAAAAAAAAAAAAAAAAGACACUCGGAUUGUUAUUGUGCUCAUCAUUCUUCAUUCUGUCAUUACGGCUUCAAUUGUUCUUGAGGAGAAAACAAACAUUAAAGCAAUACAAGUCUGUUAAA